UCCACCCCCCCGCCCUGCCAUGCCGGGGUGCUGGAUUGUGACCUCAGCAGCGCGUCGGGGUGAGGUCACUGCGGAGCUGGGGCUGGACCGGCUGCUGCUGGCAGGUCUGGGCCCGUUGGCAGUGCCCAGCGCCCGCUAGCGCCCCCCAGCCAUGGCGGAGGCUCACCAGGCCGUGGCCUUCCAGUUCACGGUCUCGCCUGAGGGGGUCGACCUGCGGCUCAGCCAUGCGGCCCUGAAGCAGGUCUACCUGGCCGGCCUGCGCUCCUGGAAGAAGAAAAUCACCCGGCUCCGGAACAGCCUGGUGACGGGCGUGUUCCCCGCCAGCCCGGCCAGCUGGCUGGUCAUGGCCGCAGCCAUCCUGGCCAGCCAGGCCUCCCGCCUCGACCCCUCCAGGGGGCUCAUCGGCAAGAUCAAGGAGCACCUGCCCGCCAGCGCGUACCUGUCGGAGCCGGCCCGGGCGGGGCUGGGGGCGCGGGCCUUCGCCACCCUGCUGUGGCUGGGGCUGGUGGUGACCAUGCGGGGGGCCCUGCGGGCCCUGCUCUGCUACCACGGCUGGAUGGGCGAGGAGCACGGGCGCCCCUCCCACGCCACCAAGUGCUGGCUGGCGCUGGUGAAGAUCUUUGCCGGCCGCAGGCCCAUGCUGUACAGCUACCAGGCCUCCCUGCCACGGCUCCCCGUGCCCCCCGUCAGCGACACGGUGCAGCGGUACCUGGAGUCGAUGCGCCCCCUGCUGUCGGACUCGCACUUCCAGCGCGCGGCCGCCCUGGGCCGGGACUUCGAGCGCUCGCUGGGCCCCCGGCUGCAGUGGUACCUCACCCUCAAGUCCUGGUGGGCCACCAACUACGUGAGCGACUGGUGGGAAGAAUACGUUUACCUGCGGGGCCGGGGCCCCCUGAUGGUUAACAGCAACUACUACGCCAUGGAUUUCCUGUACGUCACCCCGACCCCCCUGCAGGCCGCCCGGGCGGGGAACGGGGUCCAUGCCGUGCUGCUCUACCGGCGGCUGCUGAACCGCGAGCAGAUCAAACCGCUGAUGAUCCAGGGCACCCUGCCCAUGUGCUCUGCGCAGUACGAACGCAUGUUCAACACCACCCGUGUCCCUGGAGUGGAGGCAGAUUCGCUGCAGCACCGGCGGGACAGCCGGCACAUCGCUGUUUUCCACGCCGGCCGCUUCUUCCGCGUGGGGCUGUACCAUGGGGGGCGGCUGCUGGGCCCCCGCGAGCUGCAGGCCCAGUUCCAGCGGAUCCUGGACGACCCCGCGCCCCCCGCGCCCGGCGAGGAGACCCUGGCCGCCCUGACCGCCGGGCCCCGGGAGCCGUGGGCCCGGGCCCGCCGGACGUACUUCGGGUCGGGCCGGAACCAGGAGUCGCUCCGGGCGGUGGAACAAGCCGCCUUUUUCCUGACGCUGGACACCACGGAGCAGGGGCUGCUGGGCCCCGAGCCGGGCCGGGCGCUGGAUCGAUACGCCAAGGCCCUGCUGCACGGGCAGUGCCACGACAGGUGGUUUGACAAAUCCUUCACCCUGAUCGUCUUCCGCAACGGCAAGAUUGGCCUGAACGCGGAGCACUCCUGGGCCGACGCCCCCGUCAUGGGCCACCUCUGGGAGUACACGCUGGCCACAGACGUCUUCCAGCUGGGCUAUGGCGCGGACGGUCACUGCAAGGGGGAGCUGGACCCCAGCAUCUCCCCACCCCAAAAACUGCAGUGGGAGAUCCCCGAGGAGUGCCGGCGGGUGAUCCAGGGCUCCCUGCGGGCGGCCCAGGCCCUGGCCGACGACGUCGACUUCCACACGUUCGCCUUCAAGGACUUCGGCAAGGGGCUGAUCAAGAAAUGCCGCACCAGCCCCGACAGCUUCAUCCAGCUGGCCCUGCAGCUGGCGCACUUCCGGGACAAAGGGAAGUUCUGCCUGACCUACGAGGCCGCCAUGACGCGGCUGUUCCGCGAGGGGCGCACGGAGACCGUCCGCUCCUGCUCCAUCGAGUCCUGCAGCUUCGUCCGCGCCAUGACGGACUCCACCCAGAGCGCCGCCCAGCGCCUGGCCCUGUUCCGUGUGGCGGCCGCCAAGCACCAGACCCUGUACCGCCGGGCCAUGACGGGCGCGGGCAUCGACCGACACCUCUUCUGCCUCUACGUGGUCUCCAAGUACCUGGGUGUGGACUCCCCCUUCCUCAGGGAGGUGCUGUCAGAGCCGUGGGGCCUGUCAACCAGCCAGACCCCCAUCCAGCAGCUCGAGCUCUUCGACCUCAAGAAGCACCCCGACUACAUCUCCUGCGGGGGCGGCUUCGGGCCGGACGCUCACCGCUUUGGGGCCAACAUCCGGACGGCUCUGCUCGACCUCCGGGCUCUCUUCAACCUGCCCCCCAAGUAGCCUGAAGACCCGCCCCAAUAAAGCGAUGGGGCACGGAGACCCCGCUCGGGCAUGGGCUGUGUUUGUGUUCAGAGCCCCCCACUGGUGCGUCUGCGGGGGGGGGAGCAUAGGAGUGGGGGGCUGGGGUGACUCCCGGGGGGCGUUUCCCCAUCCUGGUGCUGGCUGGUUCCGCGGGGGGGGGGGCCUGCUCAGGCUGGGUACAAAGCCCCCCCUUCUGCUGACCCCCCCCUCCACAGAGCCUGACAGUUCAGCUACCCCAUGGGCCCCCAGGAAAUGGGGGGGGGAGACGUUGCCAUUUUUAUUCCCCGCCCCCCCCCCCACAAAACGGGUUUUCAGCCAGGGCUGCAGCCAUUGAGGGGGUGUCUACGGUAGCCCCCCCCCACUUGUUUGCUUUUGUGUUAUUUUUAAAGGGGGACUGUGGGGGUGGGGGUGGGGGGCUGAGCCUGGAGUCGCUGGCUGCAACUGCGGCCAGGUAAUAAAGGCCCAACAGCGACG